AUGGACCAAGAUCUGAACCAGAUUAAAGUAGAAAAGGAUUUAGGAGUAAAGAUCGACCAGGAUUUAAAUUUCAUUGAACAUUUUGAGGAGAAAAUAAAUAAAGCAAACAUGAUGGUUGGUGUAAUAAGGACAUUCGUUACCAUGGGUGAGGAAAUGUUUAGAUCUUUGUAUGUGGCCCACCUUGAAUAUGCCAAUCAGGUGUGGUGUCCCUACAAGACGAAGGAUGUGGAGGCUGUUGAAAGGGUUCAGCGCAGGGCAACAAAAUUGGUACCAGACCUGAAGGAUCUCCCCUAUGAAGAGACUUUGAAGAAACUACAGGCGUACAGGAGAUCAAGAGGAGAUAUGGUGGAAACCUUUAAAAUUGUCAAUGGAGUGUACGGCAGAGAUGCAUGUGAAGCUUAA